AUGGCACGGCCUGGGGCAAAGUCGGGAGGCAGGCGAGCUCCCAAAAACGGCGGUAUUGGGUCUGCCGUUCUCCACCAUUGUCUGCGCCAGCAGGCCGAGGCUACGCAGAAACACCAUGCAUUCAUUCAGUCUCUGAAGGAGCAGGGAGGCGGAAAGACGACCACGGCUGUGCGUCCUCCCGCCGCUGUUGCGCUGGGAGGAACUAUAUCGCGCCAUAGGACAUUGGAGUUUCUCUCUGGGGCCUUGACGUCGGCGAAUCCAGCGAAGGGCAGCACCCAGUCGAAGCACUCGGAGCAGCAUUUGCGGUCGGUUAUCGAGCGCAAUGGGCUGGACGAGUACCUUUGCACUGCGCUCGCUGCCCAGGAGAACUUUGCUGUUGACAAAUACGAGGCGCGCCUUCUGCAUGAGCCGACGGCCGUCUCGUUUGUUUCGGAGACUCCGACGGUCGUGAAGCGCGGACGAGGCGACUGUUCUGCCGCGGAGGGGGGAGAUGUCAUCAUCCCGCGUCGCCCCAUUGUCUUUUCAAGAAGCACUGCGCAGGCAUGCAGAACGGAAGACCCCAGCCGUUCUGCCGAAUGGAAGAAGCAGUUUGCUCGGAACCGCAGACGACGCAAUAGGGCGCGAGUAAAGCUCCUUUUGGCGGGCAAAAUGGAGGAAGCGACAAUCCACAACGUUCAGUUCGUGCGGCAGCAGCGCGAUGAGCUGCACGCGCGGUACCAAAAGGACAGAGGAGAUGCGAAAAUCCGCAGCAAACAGGGGCACGCUGUAGGGGGUGUUCACAGGGGAAGCCAGGGAAAGGCAGGCGGGGCAGUCUGCGGUGCUGCUGCCGCUGCAUCCGAUGAGUCUGACGGGGACGUGGAUGCAGCCUCGCAGUCGGCGGGUACUGAGGACGAGGGAAGAGAGGCUCUCAGCGAAGAGGCUGAAAGCGUGAGCAGCAACGCCACAUCUGGGGAUGCGCUUUCCUCGUACAGCGUUUCUUCUGCUGAGGCAUCGGAUGCCGAUGCUUCCGCGUCUGAAGCUGAACAUGGAACCAACGCACUAGGGGCCCCGUCUCCUGUGCCUUCUCGACUGCCACGGACGGCGGAUGAGUUAGACAACUUGGAAAUGGAUAGCUUUCUGCAUUGGCGAAGGGCGCUGGCGAGCAUGGAGGACAAAGGCAUUGUGCUGACUCCGUACGAGAGGAACCUGGAAGUGUGGCGGCAGCUGUGGCGCGUUGUCGAGCGGUCCCACUUGGUGCUGCAAAUCGUGGAUGGUCGAUCGCCUGCCUUUUUCCGAUGCAAGGACCUGGAGAAAUACAUCAAGGAAGUCUCUCCAGACAAAGAGUUUCUUGUUGUGGUGAACAAGUCGGAUCUCCUGCCCCCAGCGGUGAGGGCGGAGUGGGCCCGUUACUUUGAGGGGAACGGUGUGGAGGCAGUUUUCUUUUCUGCGCUUCGGGAGCUGCACCAGCAGGCACAGGAUGAAGAGCAGGAGGGCUUCUCAGACGCUUUGGAGGAGAAGGGUUGUGACCGUUCGAAGCGGGAGGACACAGAGGCUCAUGAGGAAGGCUUCGCGUGCUCGGGGUGGCCUUCUCGCGCACAGGCGGCAACAGGGGUAGGCUCUGGGUACUUGAACGACGGCUUGUUGACUUGCGAUGCGCUGGUGGACCUGUUGGUGAAGCGGCGGGAGGCCUUUUUAUCUCGCCGGCGCCUGAAGGAGGGCGAGGAGGGGGGAGGCGGCCUGUCGGACGAGUUCGUGGUGGGCACUGUGGGGUAUCCCAACGUUGGUAAAAGCUCGUUGAUCAACGCGGUGCUGAAGGUGAAGAAGGUGUCUGUCUCGCAACAACCCGGAAAGACCCGCAGGUUGCAGACGAUUCCUCUCAAGGGACGAGGAAUUACGCUUUGCGACUGCCCUGGCCUAGUCUUUCCCAAGGCGGUAACCUCGAAACACAUGCUAGUGCUGAAUGGCGUCGUCCCCGUCGAUGAAAUGCGGGGAGAUUAUCUGCCUUCGGUGCAGUUGGUGUGCGAUGCGAUUCCGCAUACGCUGUUGCAACACUAUGGCAUAACCGUUGACGCUUAUCGAGCAGCCCAAAAGGCUGCGGCCUUCACGGGGGCUCCUUCCUCGGAGCCCCGGCGGGGAGAUCAAAGAGAGGACUCGUUGGAGAGGUUGGAGGCGUCUGUUGUCUUGCUAGUGGUAGCUGCACAGCGCCGUUUCGUGUCUGGUGGAAAGGGUGGGCAGCUCGACUUGUACCGCGUAGCAAGUAUGAUUUUGCGGGACUUCACGACUGGCCGCCUGCUGCGGUGCCAUAUGCCAGGGGGUCGCGUCUUUGGAGACGAAGACGAGGCCGCCAAGGCUGCGCAGUUCCUUGCCUCAGUGCGAACUCCCAUUGAAGCACGCCUUGCAGAGGACAAGCGUGCUGCUUCCCGUGCGGCAGUGGGUCCCCCGACGGUCGGCACAACGAGAAUGGGAGCGCCUGCGCGUAUUCGCGCGCCGCAACAAAUGAAUCCAUUGGAUGUGCUGCAAGAGCUUGAAGAGGACACCGACUUGCUCGAGGUCCUGCAAAGCGAGGAGGCAGCAAAGGCCACUGGACGGCCAGCGCUUCUUGCCAUGACCAAAAGGAAGGCUCGCCAGAUGCAAAAACAGCUACAAAAGGGAAAUGCAAGCAACGUUACAGGGGUUGCAUAUCGCCGUUAA